CAGGCGCUGGCCACACCCCCGGGCCGGGGCGGUGCUUCCGGGGUCGACUCCAGGGUGGUCUUCACACCCUGCUGGUCCCUGCCAAAAUUAGUGCUGGCGAAGCCGCGGGAUGCCCUUGCGCAGCGGGACCCAGCUUUCCCGCAAAGUGUUACAAAAAAAGCAGCAGCCAUUGGAGGCAGAGCGAUAUCAGCGCCUACCAGAUGGAGCCCACACACCUUCCCCCAAGGAGCCCCACCUGGGGCCACCUAAGACCCUGGUCCCCCAGCUCAGCAUCUAUUUCUCAAGUGCCAAAAGCCACCCUGCUCGACUGGGAUCAGACUUUUUCGACCAGCCUGCAGUCUCCCUGGCCCAGGCAUUUCUGGGACAGGUCUUGGUCCGUCGACUUGAUGAUGGCACAGAGCUCCGUGGCCGCAUUGUGGAGACCGAGGCAUACUUGGGGCCAGAGGAUGAAGCUGCCCACUCGAGGGGUGGCCGGCAGACCCCCCGCAACCGUGGCAUGUUCAUGAAGCCAGGGACCCUGUACGUGUACUUCAUCUAUGGCAUGUACUUCUGCAUGAAUGUCUCCAGCCAAGCAUCCUUGGAGAACAUCGCACUGCCCUGCUCGCCUGCACUCUCAGGCAUCAGGAUGGGCCACAGACAGACCAGAUGCAGAAAUCCCUCCCAGACCCAUGAGGGGAGGCCAGGUCUGAGAACACAGCACUGCAGCACUUCAUGGAGAGAACAGCACUGGGUAUUCCUGAUUCUGCGUCAUCCCAGGUGUUUUAAAAUCAUAUGGCGACAUUCACAUCUGAUGGCCUCCACUGUGCCAUCUGCUGUAGGAAGCAGGAGUCCCAGCAUUGGUGAGAUCCAUCACCAGGGCUGGGCCCCGGGGAGCUUCCGUGCAACCAUACCAGCAGUGGGUGUGCAAGUAAUCAACAGUUUCCCCAAAACGAGGCCAGGGCAGAGAAGCAAAAGGUCAAAGCUUUGUCUUUGUCCAAGGAAACUGACAGCAAGGGUGAGGCACAACGUCCAGAAGGACUCCAUGUCGGGGAGCCUCAGAGGACAGUGAGAGGCCGGCCCCUUUCAAAACUUGAAAUGGGAGCUGCAGAGACUUACAGGUAUCUGCCACUUAGCCGGUACGGGUCAGAACACAAACUCUGCAGUGCAUACAGAAUGGGGAGCACAUUCACGGUUCUGUCUUGUGGAUGCUAUAAAGGCAAGUAGGAUGUGGUCCUCACUGGAUCCCAUCCAGUCCAGGAGCCUGUAUGAAACUCCAAGGCAAAAUCCAAUAAAUGUUUUCACAGGCGUGGACAAAAGUCUUGGGGUACAGAUGAGGGAAAGACUUCUUCUGGAUGACAGAAUACAAAAAGACUGCUUUGGGUCAGGCCUUGUUGGACAAACUUCCCUGAUGCCUCUCAGGGGCCCAAGCACGCCAGCCUCUCGCCGGUGCUCCCCUUCCUCAGCCCAGCCUGAGAAAGCUACUGCCUACUGGCCUUUGCAGGAAGCACAGGCCCCUGAGCCAGGCCCUGGUGCCCCCUGGUGGCCACAUGGUGCCCACUGUCACCAGAACCUGGGUUCCACUCUCAGGACGUCAUUUGGAAGGCACCCCUGCAAUGCUUCCCUGUGCUCUUCCACGCCCCCAGCUCCUACACAGGCUCCGAUGAGGAGAUCCACAGCCGGGGCUGAAAGGCCCUCCAUCCAGUCAGAAAGGGCAGCCCACAAGCACAUGGCUCAGCCAGGGGCUGGCAUCUUGCGCAGCACACACGUUCACACGCGGGGGUGAAGGCCACUAUGUUAGGUCCUGGCUCUGCACGUGGGCAGGCCCACGUCCAAGUGUCCUGCCCUCACUUCCCACACUGGCGAAGUGGGGAUGUGGUACUGCUUUCUAACAUGGCCACAUGCUAUGUGCCCCUGCUUCAGCCCUGCAAGCCACUCCACCCUGACAUCCCAUCCUCCCAGCACCAGAGGGCCUCACUCCUCUCUGCUACAACCUCACCACCCUCGACAUAUAGGAGGAAGUCAGCCCCGAGGCUAGUUCACAAGCCAGCCCUGAAUCUAGGUCUCAGAUUCCAGAACCUUCAACCAACCCCAGAAUUACCUGUCACCAGUUCUCAGCUGAACAGAGGUGGUACGCUUUCCUGACCCCCUGGUGCCUCCCAUCUUCAACCACGGUGACCUGCUUUAAUGUGCCCAGCUCCUCCUCUCACCCAUUCUUCCCCAUCCAGGGUGUCUCCCCA